ACAUUCAAAAAAUCUUCGGAGACAACUAACAACAAUCCACGCAAAAGACAAAGAUCUGUUACGUCAGAGUCAGUUCAGAACAUCAAUAAGAUGACCUUGAAUGACAAAUCGAAUAUGAAAUCGUUAGCAACAUUAGUUUGGGGUUCAACUGGAAACGCAGGGGUUUUGUUGCCUUUCUGUAAUGAAUAUAUACGGGAGGAAUUGAAGAAGUGGUGGUUGCCUAAAAGAUUUGAGCUUGUGAAAUGGAUCUUUGAGAAAAAUGGGAUUCAGCUCGUGGUACUCAGUACAGAUAUCAGUGCUGAAAGUAGUAAAACUGGAGAACUUGCAAAAGACUUCACAUCGCAAAUCGCAGGAGCAGAAGAGAUGUUACCCAAGAGUUUCAAGAAUUCUAAGAAGGAAAUAUACAAUCGGUGUCUUACUGCAGUCGAAAAAGAAGGUAUCAAACGAGAAAAGAAGGAUCUACGCGCGUUGUGUCUUAAUGCCAAAAACUUUAAUGAUACUAAACUCAAAUGGAUCCUCAAAACUUCCUAUGACAUUUGCAAUGAAGUAAUAAAUGAUUUGCUUAAGGGAUAUUCUUCUAAUUUUGCUGCUAAGCGUAAAAAAUUUAAGAUGAAAUUCUGUUCAAAAAAGGAUUCUCAUCAGUCUAUCACAGUAUUAUCAAAACAUUGGG